AUGAGGAUCUCUGCCCUCCUGGGGCUGAUGGCCCUGGUCAUACAGGAGAUGGAGGCUAUGCCACCCUGGAUGGAUGGAGGGGUGAAGCAGCAGCAGCCCCAAGAUGAAGGGACAGCUUAUAACAAUCUAGAGCUGGGAAGCUAUGACCCAAAUCUGGAUAAUUAUGACCUGAAUAGCUAUGAAGAGCAAACCAUAAAGAGUGACUAUGGAGACCUGACCCCAAAGACUAAAGUGGUCACCCUGGCCCCUUCAACCACGAGGGUAUCCACCAAGACAGUGAUGGCCACCAUGGCCCCAAAGACGUGGACUGCGAUCACCACCCCUUCCAUAUCUAGCCUGCUUGACAAUCUGACUGCCCAGGGAUUGCCCACCUGCUUGGUCUGUGUGUGCCUUGGCACCUCUGUGUACUGCGAUGAUGCUGACCUGGAACACAUCCCUCCUCUUCCCCAGGAGACAACUUACCUCUAUGCCCGCUUUAAUCAUAUCAGCCAGAUCCGGACAGGAGAUUUCAAAGGGCUAAGAAAACUAAAGCGGAUUGACCUCUCAGGCAACUCCAUUUCCACCAUUGAAGAUGAUGCUUUCCUGUUACCUGCCCUGGAAGAAUUGAUCAUCCCUGAGAACAAGCUGGUAUCUCUGCCCAGGCUCCCUGGCAGUCUCGUGAGACUGGAUGCCCAGCUCAAUAACCUCCAAAGUUCAGGGAUCUUACCAGAGAGCUUCAGAGAGCUGAAGAAGUUGCAAUUUCUCUACAUGUCAGACAACAGGCUGGACUACAUCCCUGUGCCCCUGCCCUCCAGCCUGCGUUCUCUACACCUGCAGAACAAUCACAUACAAAAGAUUCCUGAAGGCACCUUCUGUGAUACUCAGGACUACAAGCAUAUCCGAAGGGCCCUGGAAGACAUCCGCCUAGAUGGCAACCCCAUCAACCUCAGCCUCUUUGCCAACACCUACUUCUGCCUGCCCCGACUGCCCAUAGGCAGCUACACUUGA